AUGGUGGGCAUGAGGGGGACUAAUGAGAGGCCGGCAGAUAUCACUACCAAAUAUCUGGUGGAGAGACAGCAGAACAGACCUUUCCACAGCACUCUUACUAUAGGACCAGUCUUGGAAGGGCCUUAUGUUGGAAAUUUGACUAGUAGUUUACUGCUGGAUAGAAAUGUUACUCCAAGAGAAAAUGUAAUGAUUCCUACCUCAAGGCCGCAGACUUCAGUUAGCAGCAUUCAAACUCACUUGAUCAAGAUGCUGCAGGAAUGGAAAGACAAUAUAAUCAGAGAUCUAAAAGAAGUUGCUCGUGAUUGCGAAUCAGGAUUCUGUAGAUCUUCUCCUUUAGGACCUACUGACGAAUCAAAUGUAAAUCAAGAUCCAGUACUGCAAGCAUCACGAGAAUAUGUAGAGAUUUUGAAUAGAAAGUAUAUGAUCUGAAAGAUAUAUAGUAAAAGUUUAUUACCUAGAUGUUUAAUAUAACAUUUUAAUUGUUUCCCAGUAAAUAUCUGAUGUACAAAAAAUCUUUAUUAAAGGAAAUUUUGUUAUAUCGUGUGUAA